AUGGAGAAGCUGUGUGGAUGGAGGGAGUGUGUGAGAAGGUGCUGCUGUGCUGAGGAGGAUCCUGAAGAGGAGCAGAGGGAGGAGCUGAGGAGUUCAGCUGAGUACAGUGUGUCUCAGCUCGCUGGCUCGUCUGUCCUGUCCCACACUGACUCAUCCCAGACUGGAGUCCAUCAUCCUCAGUGGUUCCACACUCUACAGGCCCAGCGCCGGCCAGUGCAGCGAGGACGCAGUAACAGUGACCCGACAGGCGAGAAGAUCCUCCAGCAGAACCUGAACCGGGAGUCCAGGCUUCGAUUUGGAGCUGCUAACUCCUAUGUGAGCCUAGAGAAGUUGGGUGACGGCACUUAUGCUGAAGUCUACAAGGGAAUCAGCAGGAUAAACGGCCAGCUGGUGGUGCUGAAGAUGAUUCGUAUGAAGACAGAGGAGGGUGUUCCCUUCAAUGCCAUCAGAGAGGUGUCCCUGCUCAAAGGCCUGAAACAUGCCAACAUCGUCUUACUGCACGACAUCGUCCACACCAGGGACUCGCUCAUGUUCGUUUUUGAAUACGUACAAACAGACCUGGCUCAGUACUUGGUCCAGCACCCAGGAGGUCUGCACCCUCAUAACAUUCGGAUCUUCAUGUUCCAGCUGCUCCGGGGGCUGUCAUACAUCCACAGUCGAAGGAUCCUUCACCGGGACCUGAAGCCUCAGAAUCUGCUCAUCAGCUACCUGGGAGAGGUCAAACUGGCUGACUUUGGUCUGGCUCGCUCCAAGUCAAUCCCUAGUCAGACAUUCUCAUCUGAGGUGGUGACACUGUGGUACCGGCCCCCUGACGUCCUGCUGGGAUCCACAGAAUAUUCCACGGCCCUGGACAUCUGGGCUGCUGGCUGUAUUUUCGUUGAGAUGCUGCAGGGGGCGCCAGCUUUCGCGGGACAAGGUGACCUGUUUGAGCAGCUUGAGAUCAUCUGGGCGGUCCUUGGCAUCCCCUCUGAGGACAGCUGGCCAGGAGUCAGUCAGCUGCCCAAUUACAUACCAGAGCGAUUUACUCACGCAGCACCGCUGCAGUUACACAAUGUUUGGAAACGGUCCUUCUGGCAGUCGGGACAGAGUUCUGUGUUCUGGUUUAGGUUAACCCAGCUGCCCCAGAAGACAGAGGAUCUGCUUCAGAAGAUGCUGAUAGUCGAACCAAAGGCCCGAAUCUCAGCUCAAGAAGCCCUGCAGCACCCAUACUUCAACACGCUGCCACCUCGCAUCAUGUACCUGCAUGACUCGAUUUCUGUCUUCAAGGUACCGGGUGUUUUUCUGGAGACAGAAGUCCAUGAUGUCUUCAGCCCCACCCAGCGGCUCAGACCAUCUCUGAUGUGCAUGGCGAAAUGGUGGUGACACCCAAUCAGAAUGAUCCGGGAUGAGGCUCCGCCCACCUGUCUGAGUG